AGAUGGCGGCGGAGCCUGGUGCGGGCCCGCCUGACCCCGGCGCUUCCGUUCUCCUCUCUUGUCUGCAGGUGGCGAUGGCAACGGGGCAGGUGUUGUUCCAUCGCUUUUUCUACUCCAAGUCGUUCGUCAAACACAGUUUCGAGAUUGUUGCCAUGGCCUGUAUUAAUCUCGCGUCAAAAAUAGAAGAAGCACCAAGAAGAAUAAGGGAUGUGAUUAAUGUAUUCCACCACCUCCGCCAGUUAAGAGGAAAAAGGACUCCAAGCCCUCUGAUCCUUGAUCAGAACUACAUUAACACCAAAAAUCAAGUUAUCAAGGCAGAAAGGAGGGUGCUAAAGGAGUUGGGAUUUUGUGUUCAUGUCAAGCAUCCCCAUAAGAUCAUUGUAAUGUAUUUACAAGUCUUAGAAUGUGAACGUAACCAAACCCUGGUUCAAACUGCCUGGAAUUACAUGAAUGACAGUCUUCGAACCAAUGUUUUUGUUCGCUUUCAACCAGAAACGAUAGCAUGUGCUUGUAUCUACCUUGCAGCUAGAGCACUUCAGAUUCCAUUGCCAACUCGGCCCCAUUGGUUUCUUCUUUUUGGUACCACAGAAGAAGAGAUCCAAGAAAUCUGCAUAGAGACACUUAGACUUUACACCAGGAAAAAGCCAAACUAUGAAUUGUUGGAAAAAGAAGUAGAAAAAAGAAAAGUAGCCUUACAGGAAGCCAAAUUAAAAGCAAAGGGAUUGAAUCCUGAUGGAACGCCAGCCCUUUCAACACUCGGUGGAUUUUCUCCAGCCUCUAAACCAUCAUCACCGAGAGAAGUAAAAGCUGAAGAGAAGUCACCAAUCUCCAUUAAUGUGAAGACAGUCAAAAAAGAACCUGAGGACAGACAACAGGCUUCCAAAAGCCCUUAUAAUGGUGUAAGAAAAGACAGCAAGAGAAGCAGAAACAGCAGAAGUGCUAGUAGAUCAAGGUCAAGAACCAGAUCACGGUCUAGAUCACACACCCCAAGAAGACAUUAUAAUAAUAGGCGAAGUCGAUCUGGAACAUACAGCUCAAGAUCAAGAAGCAGGUCCCGCAGUCACAGUGAAAGCCCUCGAAGACAUCAUAACCAUGGUUCUCCUCACCUGAAGGCCAAACAUAGCAGAGAAGACUUAAAAAGCUCAAAUAGACAUGGCCAUAAAAGGAAAAAAUCGCGGUCUCGAUCUCAGAGCAAGUCUCGGGAUCACUCAGAUGUUACCAAGAAACACAGGCAUGAAAGGGGACAUCACAGAGAUAGGCGUGAAAGAUCUCGCUCCUUUGAGAGAUCCCAUAAAGGGAAGCACCAUGGCAGCAGUCGCUCAGGACACAGCAGGCAUAGGCGUUGACUUUCUUCCUCUGACAUUGCAUCGGUUCCUGGUUUUGCCUGUAUGCAGUGUGAUGUAUGGACUCAAUCAAAACAUAAAACAAAGUGAUUAGGAAUUGAUUUAUUAAAAUUGUCUAGGUCUCUAGAAACACUGAGGACAUUUUCUUUGGAAAAGAACUAUGUUAAAGUUUUUUGCACAUUAAAAUGCCCUAGCAGUAUCUCAUUGAAAACCAUGGUCAGGUUCAAUUGUACUUUAUUAUAGUUGUGUAUUGUUUAUUGCUAUAAAAACUGGAGUGUGAAUUCUGUAAAAAUGUAUCUUAUUUUUAUACAGAUAAAACUUGCAGACACUGUUGUAUUUAAGUGGUUAUUUGUUUAAAUGAUGGUGAAUACUUUCUUAACACUGGUUUGUCUGCAUGUGAAAGAUUUUUACAAGGAAAUAAAAUACAAAUCUUGUUUUUCUAAA